AUGGCUUAUCUCGACAGAUUGACACGACACAAAAAAUCAGUUGGAAAUGGCUUUACUCGACAGAUAGACACGACACAAAAAUCAGUUGGAAAUGGCUUUACUCGACAGAUAGACACGACACAAAAAUCAGUUGGAAAUGGCUUAACUCGACAGAUAGACACGACACAAAAAUCAGUUGGAAAUGGCUUUACUCGACAGAUAGACACGACACAAAAAUCAAUAGACACGACACCACAAUCAGUUGGAAAUGGCUUAACUCGACAGAUUGACACGACACAAAAAUCAAUUGGAAAUGGCUUUACUCGACAGAUUGACACGACACAAAAAUCAGUUGGAAAUGGCUUAACUCGACAGAUUGACACGACACAAACAUCAGUUGGAAAUGGCUUAACUCGACAGAAAGACACGACACCACAAUCAGUUGGAAAUGGCUUAACUCCACAGAUUGACACGACACAAAAAUCAGUUGGAAAUGGCUUAACUCGACAGAUUGACACGACACAAAAAUCAGUUGGAAAUGGCUUAACUCGACAGAUAGACACGACACCACAAUCAGUUGGAAAUGGCUUAACUCGACAGAUUGACACGACACAAAAAUCAAUUGGAAAUGGCUUAACUCGACAGAUUGACACGACACAAAAAUCAGUUGGAAAUGGCUUAACUCGACAGAUUGACACGACACCACAAUCAAUAGACACGACACAAAAAUCAGUUGGAAAUGGCUUAACUCGACAGAUUGACACGACACAAAAAUCAGUUGGAAAUGGCUUAACUCGACAGAUUGACACGACACAAAAAUCAGUUGGAAAUGGCUUAACUCGACAGAUAGACACGACACAAAAAUCAGUUGGAAAUGGCUUAACUCGACAGAUUGACACGACACAAAAAUCAGUUGGAAAUGGCUUAACUCGACAGAUUGACACGACACAAAAAUCAGUUGGAAAUGGCUUAACUCGACAGAUUGACACGACACAACAAUCAGUUGGAAAUGGCUUAACUCGACAGAUUGACACGACACAAAAAUCAAUUGACACGACACAAAAAUCAGUUGGAAAUGGCUUAUCUCGACAGAUUGACACGACACAAAAAUCAGUUGAAAAUGGCUUUACUCGACAGAUAGACACGACACCACAAUCAGUUGGAAAUGGCUUAUCUCGACAGAUUGACACGACACAAAAAUCAGUUGAAAAUGGCUUUACUCGACAGAUAGACACGACACCACAAUCAGUUGGAAAUGGCUUAACUCGACAGAUUGACACGACACCACAAUCAGUUGGAAAUGGCUUUACUCGACAGAUUGACACGACACAAAAAUCAGUUGGAAAUGGCUUUACUCGACAGAUAGACACGACACAAAAAUCAGUUGGAAAUGGCUUAUCUCGACAGAUUGACACGACACAAACAUCAGUUGGAAAUGGCUUAACUCGACAGAUAGACACGACACAACAAUCAGUUGGAAAUGGCUUAUCUCGACAGAUUGACACGACACAAAAAUCAGUUGGAAAUGGCUUUACUCGACAGAUAGACACGACACAAAAAUCAAUAGACACGACACCACAAUCAGUUGGAAAUGGCUUAACUCGACAGAUUGACACGACACAAAAAUCAAUUGGAAAUGGCUUAACUCGACAGAUAGACACGACACCACAAUCAGUUGGAAAUGGCUUAACUCGACAGAUUGACACGACACAAAAAUCAAUUGGAAAUGGCUUAACUCGACAGAUUGACACGACACAACAAUCAGUUGGAAAUGGCUUUACUCGACAGAUUGACACGACACAAAAAUCAGUUGGAAAUGGCUUUACUCGACAGAUAGACACGACACAAAAAUCAAUUGACACGACACAAAAAUCAGUUGGAAAUGGCUUAUCUCGACAGAUUGACACGACACAAAAAUCAGUUGAAAAUGGCUUUACUCGACAGAUAGACACGACACCACAAUCAGUUGGAAAUGGCUUAUCUCGACAGAUUGACACGACACAAAAAUCAGUUGAAAAUGGCUUUACUCGACAGAUAGACACGACACCACAAUCAGUUGGAAAUGGCUUAACUCGACAGAUUGACACGACACCACAAUCAGUUGGAAAUGGCUUUACUCGACAGAUUGACACGACACAAAAAUCAGUUGGAAAUGGCUUUACUCGACAGAUAGACACGACACAAAAAUCAGUUGGAAAUGGCUUAUCUCGACAGAUUGACACGACACAAACAUCAGUUGGAAAUGGCUUAACUCGACAGAUAGACACGACACAACAAUCAGUUGGAAAUGGCUUAUCUCGACAGAUUGACACGACACAAAAAUCAGUUGGAAAUGGCUUUACUCGACAGAUAGACACGACACAAAAAUCAGUUGGAAAUGGCUUAUCUCGACAGAUUGACACGACAUAG